AUGUCUUCGUCUCUGCCAGGCGUCCGGCCACUUCCCGACUCUCAGUAUGAUCUUAGCACCUACUGGGGCCGUGUGAGGCAUACUGCGAGCAUUACAGAUCCGAGGACCCUCCUCGUAGGCAGUGCCGGUCUUACAGAUGCCAAAAACCUCCUCAUCGCCUACAAGAAUGGGCAAAUUCCACACAUGACCCCCGACCUCUGGAAGGCCAAAAAGAUUGUCGACUCGACUCUGCACCCAGACACAGGCGAGGCGGUCUUCCUCCCCUUCCGCAUGUCAUGCUUUGUCCUCUCCAACUUGGUGGUGACAGCGGGCAUGUUGACCCCUGGCCUUGGUGUAAGCCCUGUACCUCCCCCCCUUUCCGGUCACAUACUCACCUCCAUACAGAACCGCGGCACCAUCGCCUGGCAAGUAGCCAACCAGUCCCUCAACGUAGCAAUCAACUACUCCAACUCCAACAAAUCCUCCCCCUUAUCCUGGUCCAAAAUCGCCCAAUCCUACUUCCUCGCCGUCGGCGCCUCCUGCUCCGUAGCCGUAGGCCUCAACUCCCUCGUCCCCCGUCUGAAAUCCAUCACCCCUUCCACCCGCCUCAUCCUCGGCCGCCUCGUCCCCUUCGCCGCCGUGGCCUCGGCCGGUGCCCUCAACGUCUUCCUCAUGCGCGGGGAGGAGAUCCGCACCGGCAUCGACGUCUUCCCUGUCCUGUCUCAAAAGGCCAGGGAGGCGUUUGCUGCCCAGGGCAAGUCCCCCUCCGAGGUGGAGAGUCUGGGCAAGAGCCAAAAGGCGGCGACGUUGGCGGUGGGGGAGACGGCGGUGAGCAGGGUGCUGAAUUCGUCCCCGAUCAUGGUCAUCCCCGCGCUGGCGCUGGUGAGGUUCCAGAGGACGGAGUGGCUGAGGAAGAACCCUAGGUGGACGACGCCGUUGAAUUUGGGGUUGAUCUUGGUGACGUCGUAUGCGGUUUUGCCGUUGGCGCUGGCGGCGUUCCCGCAGAGGCAGAAGGUUAGGGCGGAUAGUUUGGAGGAGAGGUUUCAUGGACGGGGUGGGGAGGGGGGGUUGGUGGAGUUCAAUAGGGGUAUUUGA